CCUUUUUCCAUUUUUAAAACAUCUUAGUUAAUAAUGAUAUGAAAUUAAUGAACACAACAAACUAUAACCCAUUAUAACCCAAACCUUCAUUUCAUUAUUCUCUCUCUCUUUCUCUCCAUAGAAGCAUUCAUAUGGAUUCAAAGGUGGAAUGUCUCCAAACAGAGCUAGAAAAGUUGAGGAAAGAGAAUGAAGCUCUGAAGUUGAUGCUGAAAGUUGUGAGCAUCAAGAACUUGGUAUCUCAAGUGGAUGUUUGUUCAAGAGAUCAUCGUCAUGAUCAGAAUGACGAGGGUUCAAGAUCAGAGAGAGCCAAUCUCAAAGUUAGUCCACCCGCUCUUGCUCUUGCUCUCGAAACUUCGUCCACCACCCAAGCAUAUGCUAGAACUACCUUCAAAGACCAAGCUUUGAUGGUGAAGGAUGGAUAUAAAUGGAGGAAAUAUGGGCAAAAGAUUACCAAGGAUAAUCAAUCUCCUCGUGCUUAUUUCAAGUGUUCUUCCCCAGGAUGCCCUGUCAAAAAAAAGGUACAAAGAAGCCUGGAAAAUAAGUCAAUGGUGAUAGUCACAUACGAUGGCCACCACAACCACAACCACAACCACGAAAAUGCCUCUCCUCCACCGCUUUCAAGCUCUCAACGAGGGUCGUCUUCGUCACCACCGCUUCCGGUGGAGACCAACCGAGUUGCUCUACCAAUGUCUCUCAAUCUUGAUCUCACUCUUUCCAGACAUGCAGAUGAUCAUAAAUUAUAAGAAAACUUUUCAAUUUAAUUAAAAUAAAGACAUAGUUCAGAUUACUUUUUGAGAUUUUUGUUCUUUGGGAACUUCUAAAUUAUGUGUGUAUUAACCUAAUGGAUCAUCGCUCAACUAACAAUAGCAAAUUAAUUGAUAUGUGUACAGUUUCCCUGUUCAAAUUUUAUUCUCUUUCCCCGUGAUAAUACAUAGUCAAAAUAUAUGUCUUUAUUAAUAUUAACCAGCAAAAAUGUUUAAAUUGA